GCUUCGCCUUUCAUUGCUCGGCCUGGAGCUCACGCUGUUACCGGAUAUCUUGACGAAGGGCGGCCGCUUCUCUACUUCCAGCUAGAUUUGAACCCUUUUCACGAAGUUCGGAAUGACCAUACCGUAGUUUGAAACUUUAAAACUCACUUUUAAUCGAUUAAAAGUGAAGACCUGCUGCUGUGAGGUAAUGUAGUAGCGGCCAGUGGCAUGAAACGAAGCGGCGCAUUGCUCUGGGUUUUCAAAGGAGCGGCGGUUUCCUCAGGUGUGAGUCGGCUUUCCUCGGACUCCGGUCACAUCCCCGAGAGCCGAGAGGCGACUACACCCGAGAGUCGGCGUUAAAUCCUCGCGGAAGGAGGGAGGGGGAACCCAGCGAGGCCACCGCGACCAUGGCGAGCGACGACUGUAGGAAAGAUGACUUGUUGGAGGAUAACCGCACGGACUCGGGCAUUGACUCGUAUCGCUCCAUGCUGAAGUCGGAGGAGCCCCGGGAGCCGAGCGCCGACUUCAGCGGGGCGAGGGACAAGUUUUCCGGCGGGGAGGAGCGCCUGGACUCAGCCUACGGCUCCUCGUCCAUCACGGUCGAGAGCCUGUCGGAGAUAGUAGCGGACUGCACGCUGUCCAGCGCCCCGGAGGAGCACGCGCAGAGCUCUGAUGUCACUGAGCAGGAGGUGAACGUGCUCACCACUAUCACUGAAGAUGGAGACACAAUCCUGCACUUAGCAAUCAUCCAUGAAGACAAAGUCAUUGCUCAACAGUUGAUACAGCUAUUCCCAAAAGAAGUCCUGGACAUACAAAACGACUUGUACCAGAGCUCUUUGCACCUGGCCACCUACCUGAACCUGACAGACGUGGUGAAGGGCCUGGUGGAGAAAGGGGCCAGUUUGGCGCUGCAGGACCAUGAGGGGAACACAGCACUCCAUGUGGCCUGCCAGCAUGGGCAGACAGACUGCGCCACCGAAAUGACCGGAGAGGUUUCCCCCAGCAAGCUGGCGCCGGUCCUCGAGACCCAGAACUGGAGAGGUCUGGCCUGUCUUCACUUGGCUGCACUGAACAGGCAACAUCCGAUUAUGAAGCUGCUGGUGAAAAAGGGAGCAGACUUGAAUAUCCAGGAAGGUACAAGUGGAAAAACAGCACUUCAUCUCGCCACGGAGCUGCAUGACAUCACAUCAGUGAAGCUGCUGCUCAGCAGGGGAGCCAAUGUGGAUGCUGCCAUGUUUAACGGCUGCACUUCCCUGCAUCUCGCAGUGGGGAGGCAGGACGCCGCCAUCGCCAACCUCCUUUGCCAGUCUGGCGCUGACACGAUGCUGCGAAACAUGGAGGACGAAACGGCGCUGGAUCUGGCGGACGGCAACGAUGAUAUUCUGGCUCUAUUUCCUUUUGACGACAUCCAGAUCUCUGGGAGGUCGGUGGUCAGUGUGAAGUUUUGAGCUCGAUCGUAGGCUUAACAAUAAUCUAAACUUUUUUCUGGAGCGGCUAAAACCUUUUGAUUUCUUAAAAAAAAAAAAAGCUGCAUUUGAGUGGGACGUUUUCAUUUAAUAGAGCUUCUUUUUGUAUUCAUUCUGAUUUGAUUUAGCAUUUAUCUUUUAUGUGCACGUAUAAAUCUUACUUCCCUCUGACAAAGAGAGUGAUUCUGCCUAAUUAAUUAAUUGAACACAACAAAUCGAUGUUCCUGAGUCAUUGGUUACGCAUCGUUUCCGCAUGGAAGGGGUCGGAACAAAAGCCAAACUGUCAACAUGUUCAAUGUCCAUCAAAAAUUCUACCUCUUAAUCACAUUGACCUAGUUUUAAUGGCUAUAAAUUGAACAUUCAAAUUGCUUUGUUUCAUAGUUUCUCAAACUUUAUCAGUUCAUUUAUGCGUAUUUUUCCACUGCUUUUCAUUGUUGCCACAUAAAUACUUUUUGUGGAGCAAAAUUAAUGUUCCAUUUACUAAAUGUAAAACUAACUGUGUGUUCCAAAGAGACUUGCAAUCCUACGAAGACAAACUAAUCACAUUCUGCUAUUUAUUAGAAGAGUGGUAGUCCAAAUUAAAAUGUAAUAUAUGACACAACAUGCAGCUUCAUCCUUUUGAUUGUUUUCGGUUCGCUGGUUCAUGUUGUGAAGCGGUUUUCUCUAUUUAUCUCAUCUAGUCUUUAAUCUGCAGUAACUGUUCAUUUACUUUGGUGUCUAAUUACACUGCCAUGUUUAGUUAAUAUAUGCAUUUGUUUAUUUUGUAAUAAAAUUUAAAAGAAUUCA